AUGCAUCUACACGCUAGUGGAAAAUAUUGCCGCGGAAGGAAUUUGACCCCAUAUCGCGAUCUCGGACUGGCCAGGAGCGUCGUUGACAAGCAAAGGAAUGAACUAGUGUGCGCUAUUUCUUCUUCCGGUGUGGCAUGCCCAGCCCCGACCGAUGCCAUGUGUGCUACUCUCUCGCCCUCGCCUCCAGUGUCUGAAGCAUCGUCUCCGGCUCGUUCUCUCACUGUUGACCUUUCUUUCGACCUUUCAGGCAGCAAGCUAGUUUUACCGAUUCCUAUCAGGCACUUCCAAUGCCUGCAGUCAUAUAGAACGGCGUUCAUAUUGCAUUUAUCUUCGAUAUCUGAAAGCAAUGCAUUGCAGGAGCCAUCACUUCUAUGCUUGGCUUUCAUCAAAUUUCUUCUCGCUCGAGAAGGUUUCUCCAGAGAUUCGGUAGCGGCUGUAUUGCGAGCUUUUGAGACUGAAUUCUUGCACGGCGAUAACGACAUACAUUGCCUCAUCACGGAGUUGACUACGGUCGCUAGCGAAAGGCAGAAGUGGUUAAGGAUAUACUACGACGCUGUUGAGGCCAGUGAUUAUUUAACACUUGCACCCUCGCGCAGCUCAUUCCGGCCUAGUGCUUUAUUUGACCAUGUGUUGGCUGGCGAAUUUCGCCUGAUGGCUGUGUUUGGUGGCCAGGGCGAGGCAAGUCGGACAUGUGUGCAAGAGUUGGCAGACCUAUACGCAACAUAUAGGUCUUUAGUAAGGUCCUUUAUCGAGCAGUCUGCUACUUUGCUUUCCGAGCUUUCUAGGCUUCCAGUUUCCUGGUUCUCCCGCCGUGGACAGUCAUUGGACCUGAUGUCGUGGAUCAGCGACGCAUCUACUAUCCCGGAAUGUGAAUACAUGGCCCAGGCUCCGAUCAGUGUCCCGGUUAUUGGGCUGCUGAGCCUGGCACGAUAUAUGGUGACCUGCCGGGUUCUGCACAUGCACCCGGGCCAGCUACGUGGGUUGCUUUCUGCAACUACCGGACACUCACAAGGUUUAUUAGUAUCAACAGUCAUAUCCAUGUCUGAUUCCUGGGAUACAUUCAAUGCCAACUCUCAUUUUGCAGUCGAAGCUCUGUUUUGGCUAGGAGUUGAAUGCCAUCAAUCUGCACCCAAUAGCUCUUCACGACUGAGCGCGUCCGCCUCGAGUGAGACCAAUGCUGUGCCAUCGUAUAUGCUUGGUGUCCGCAGUGUUUCCGGAGACCAGCUGGAGUGUAUACUAGGUCGCUUGAACAGAACCCUUAGCAAAUGGGCGGGACAAUUUGUGGUGGCAGGGCCAAUUGUGUCCUUGGUCCAUAUGGAUAAUACUAGUCGGGUUCCCUUCAGCAGCCGAAAGCCCGCUAUUCAACAUGGAUUUCUCCCAAUUACUGUAACAGCCCUGAAGUUGCGGUUUGCAAGACAAUACAUCAAGUCAGAGCAACUGAAAAUUCCCGUCUACCACACAAAUAUACUGCACGCUAUUUUCGAUGCGAUUGCUCGGGAGAAUUGCGAUUGGCCGGUAGCUUUAUCUGGACCCUCACGGACAGGUGACAGAUGCAUUUCCCCAUCGCAUAUCAUUGUUUUCGAUCGCGGUGGACUCGGCGGUGUUCGCGUUAUUCAAGGCGGCGAUCUCGAUUCUCGCGACCCUGAUAUAGGUACCAUGCGAGAUUUGCCUCUGAGCUGGGUGCAACAGUUUCAACCGCGUCUGAUCGCAGGUUGCUUAGAGACCCGGAUUUCGAGAUUGCUGGGCACCCCUCCGGUGAUUGUAGGUGGCAUGACACCGACUACUGUUCAUUGGGACUUCGUUUCCGCCAUCAUGAAUGCUGGAUAUCAUGCAGAACUCGCUGGGGGUGGCUACAGGAACAGCUCCGACAUGACCACCGCAAUCAAUGAUCUUGUUGCACAUAUCCCCCCAGGUCGAGGUAUCACUUGCAAUAUUAUAUAUGCUAACCCCCAAGCCAUGCGCUGGCAAAUAGCCUUGCUACGUCGACUAUCCCAUAACCGCGUCCCUAUCGACGAGGUAGCAUCCCAGUAUAUUCGAACUUUAGGACUGCGCCAUAUUGGCUUCAAACCAGGAUCGGCACAUCCUGACUUUCCAAUUAUGUUACAAUGGACAGGUGGGCGUGGCGGAGGCCAUCACUCUUUCGAGGAUUUCCACGCCCCAAUACUUAGUACUUACGGGACUAUUCGACAGCAGCGUAAUAUAUAUCUAGUAGCUGGAAGUGGUUUUGGCAAUAGCGAUAGUAUAUACCCUUACAUAACCGGGCAAUGGUCACUACCGUUCGGAUACCCCUGCAUGCCCUUUGAUGCUCGGGAAGCACACACUUCAUCGGCUGUGAGGGAAAUCAUCUUCAAGACACCUGGUGUUCCUGACUGGGAAUGGGAGAAAACGUACUCUGGACCCGCUGGUGGGGUAAUCACGGUACAGUCAGAGAUGGGCGAACCCAUCCACAAGAUUGCAACCAAGGGUGUUAGGUUAUGGGCAGAUAUGGACCGAACCGUUUUCUGUUUGCCUCGAAAAGAACGGGCUGCAUACCUGCAAAAGCAUCGGACUUCGAUAAUACAGCGCUUGACCACGGGAUUUGCCAAGCCGUGGUUUGGCCGCAACAGUUUGGGUAACAUUGUCAACCUGGAAGACAUGACUUACACUGAAGUGUUGGGUCGUAUGGUAGAGUUGAUGUAUGUCAAGCACCAGAAACGGUGGAUUGACCCAUCAUAUGUUGGCUUCACCAUGGCCAUGGCCACUCGAGCAUUAGAGCGCCUACUUCGUUCGGUUCUAUCCGAGAAUCCGAUGCAUGCUUCCGAGGAGAUUAUAAAUCCAGAGGACGUUUCCUUCUUUCUGAUGAGGAGUAAAAUGCCAGACCGGAAGCCAUUCUAUUUCAAGAAAGACUCGCUUUGGCAGGCAGAGGAUAUUGAUGCUGUUGGCCCGGUGGCAGCUCAAUACUCCGUUAGGCAUGAUGAUGGCCUUAUUGAACGUAUGCAGCGUGAUGUCAGUACCGACAGCUCUUCGCCUAGCUUGGGCAGUGGGCUGGUCACCCCGGAGUCUUGGUCUUCAAUAUCGGGUGCCAAGGACAUUGCGGCUUCAGAGUCUGAUGAACGUUCCCCCUCUGUUACCAUUGGCACAGGGCGAAAUUGGCCUCCGUGGCUACGGGCCAUUUUCGAAGCCAAGGUCAUCUCUCGUAAUCGACGUCGCCAGAAUAAUCCAUUUCAGCAGUUCAUCGCAUCAUACCCUGCCACGAAAGUUCGAUACGAUGCUAACCAUUCAGAGGCGUGUGUGACAGUUCAUGAUGCGUGUGGAGCUACUUCUCUCAUGAAAGUGUCAUGUCUAGACGGUGUCGAGAUUAAAGUGGAACUCUGUCCUCCUCAAGUCUCUGAUCCACUUGAAUUGGUGUACCUAAUUCAUCCCAGUGACAUCCCGUUCUCGAUUACUGAGAUCACCUCGAAGCGGAAUGCGCGCGUGAGGACCUUCUAUAGAAAGCUUUGGCUACAGGGAAAAUCUGACACCGGCAUACAAGAGACUUACUACGGUCGAGAGAUGGUUCUCACGCGCGACCUGCUGGAUGAUUUGAUUGCCGCCGUGGGUCCGGCAUUUUCGGAUUCCCGGCUCAUCAAAACGAGCUCGGAUUUCCUGCCAAUCAGCGCUGGGAUAAUAAUUGCAUGGGAAGUUAUCACCAAACCUUUGGUAACUGGAGAGAUCAAUGGUGAUUUGUUGCAUCUGGUGCACCGUUCUAAUACAUUCGAUUACUGUGCCAGUGCGGGUACAUUGCGUGUUGGUGAUGGUGUCAGCUGUCGGUCGCGGGUGCAAGCUGUGUAUGUGGAGGAUGCAGGCAAAGUGGUUGUUAUUGAAGCCCAGAUAUUUCGAUCGGGAAAAGAGGUCAUGAAGAUCAAGUCUACCUUCUUGUUUCGAGGUUCACUCCGCUCAGGGUCGACAUUCAGACGGGGACGAUCGCAAUGGGUACUCCGCCUCGAAUCGAACUUGGAAGAAACGGUCCUGCGGAGUCGCCCGUGGUUUCACCUGCACGAUACUGCUACAGCCCUUGUUGGUAGAGAUCUUGUCAUCAGUAUAGAGACUCAUGAAGUGGACAAGGAGAGUGGCUUCAAGAGUCUUCGUGUGAUCGGUACCGCUUGCUUACAAGAUACUAGUGGCCUUGGUCAAGAGGUGGGAUUUGUUGACUUUGAGUGCGAGCAUUGCGUUGGAAAUCCCGUGCUGCAAUUUCUCGAGCGCAAAGGAGGUCCUCUGAGUAGGCAAAUUAUGCUACAGAAACCAGGGUGGACUGGUCCCUCGUCGAUCGACGUACAAAUGCCAGUCAGUAACCAGGCAUACGCUGAGAUAUCCACGGAUUUUAACCCGAUACAUGUGUCAACUAUUUUCGCCUCUUUAGCAGAUCUCCCGGGCACGGUAUGUCACGGAAUGAAUACCUCGGCAGUUGCGGUAGCAGCAUUGGAGCAUCUAGCUCUCGAAGGCGAUCGCUCGCGUCUCCGACAAUUUACAGCAAAGUUCAGCGGGAUGGUUAUGCCACUAGAAAAGCUGGUGGUACAAAUACAGCAUGCCGGGAUGAUCAAUGGGCGCAUGCAGUUAACAGUUGAUGUUGUCCGGAAAGACAGCCAAGAAAAGGUGCUAGAAGCAGAAGCCGUUAUUGACCAGCCUGCAACCGCUUAUCUCUUCACCGGCCAAGGCAGCCAGAGCAAGGGAAUGGGAAUGGAUCUGUAUCAGUCAAGUCCGGUGGCCAAAUCUCUGUGGGAUGAAAUUGAUGCGCAACUGUAUGCGUCGUAUGGUUGGUCUGUGUUGGACAUUGUUAAGAAUAAUCCGAAGUCGGUAACUGUUCACUUUGGAGGCAAGCGAGGCCGCCAGAUCCGAAAGAACUAUCUCGCCAUUACUACGGAAACAGUGCAGACCGAUGGAUCCCGUGUCGAGACUCCUGUUCUGCAGGGUCUCAGUCCAUGUUCACCAUCUUACACAUUUACUGACUCACGGGGACUGUUAUACUCCACCCAGUUUGCUCAACCGGCAAUUUUGCUAUUCGAAGCGGCGGCAGUAGCCGACCUGCGUAGCAAGGGCUAUGUAUCGCCGGAUGCAAUGUAUGCCGGUCAUUCGUUGGGAGAGUUCGGGGCUUUGUCGGCGCUGUCCGCUUCGAUCCCAAUGGGAGCCCUGGCCGAGUUGGCGUUUUACCGGGGACUUAUGAUGCAGGCGUCUGUGGCAGGAGGAAACGGGAACGCGUACGGAAUGGUGGCGGUCAAUCCUAAACGCGUGGGACCAUUCUUUGAUGAAGCAGGUUUGAGUAGGCUGGUGCAAGCGAUUGGUCUGGCUAGUGAGGAGCUUCUGGAGGUAGUCAACUAUAACAUCGAGGGUGAGCAAUACGUGUGUUCAGGGACGGUUACAAAUCUCUGGGUGCUUGGGCGGCUGCUAGACUACAUCGGAGAGUCUGAUGGACCGGAGCUUCAAUAUGACAGUGUCAUCCUUCAGCUAUUCUCUGAUGCAAAAGCACUAUCGCCACCAAUCCAGCUUCGGCGAGGGCGAGCCACAAUUCCACUGGAAGGCAUUGACGUGCCCUUUCACUCGAGCCACCUGCGAUCCACGGUGGACCGGUUCCGACAGUGCUUGCUCCGGCAGGGGUUCCUGGAGGGAAACGUGGACCUGGAGGCACUGCGACGGUACAUACCCAAUGUGAUGGCGCGACCAUUUUCGGUGGAUGAGGAAUAUAUUCGGGAGGCAUACGAGCGGACGCACAGUCCCGUCUUAAGGGAGAUCUUAGGAAAGAGUGUGUAA